UCAAGACAUGGAUUUUUACGAAAUGGCACUGAUAUGUGCGUUUGAAUUAAAAAGAAGGAAUAAACCUGCAAUCAAAAGGCAAUAUUGGGUUCACCCGUUGAACUCACAACGCCUUGUAAAAGGGCAAUUCCAAAAAAUUUAUCUAGACCUCCGAUCCCACCCAAGCAAGUUCUUCAAUUACUUCCGAAUGAGCAACAGAAGUUUUGAUGAACUUCUGUUUUUGAUAAGGAAUUUAAUAACUUUCAAAAAUACCAGGUGGAGGAAAGCAAUAUCUCCAGAAGAAAGACUGGCGGUUACACUGAGGUACCUUGCAACAGGAAACUGUUUCCGGUCUCUUCAUUACGAAUUUCUCAUAGGUGAAACAACCCUACGAGAAAUUAUUAAGGAUACAUGCGACAAAAUAUGGAUAUGCCUAAAAGAAAAUUACAUGCCGGAACAAACAGAAGAUACUUGGAAAAAAGUUGCUGACAAAUUUUUAACAAGUACAAAUUUCCCCAAUUGUGUAGGAGCAAUUGACGGCAAACAUAUAAGGGUCCAAAAGCCAUCUAAAUCUGGAUCGAAGUAUAUGAAUUACAAGAAUUAUUUUUCAUUGGUUCUUAUGGCAGUUACAGACGCGGAUUACUGUUUCCUAUCCGUUGACAUUGGAUCCCAGGGGAGUGCAAGUGACUCCCACGUUUUUCAGCGAUCGAACUUUGGGAAAAAGCUAAACAAUGCUCAACUGAAUCUACCACCAGAUCAAUUGCUCCCAAAUGACAAAGGGGGAAAAUGCAUGCCAUUUGUGUUUGUAGCCGAUGAAGCUUUUGCCUUAUCAGACCACAUACAGCGUCCAUUUGGACGAAGAAAUUUGUCCACGGACAAGAAAAUAUAUAAUUAUCGUCUUACUAGAGCCCGAAGAAUGGUGGAAUGCUCCUUUGGAAUCUUAAGUAAUAAAUGGAGGAUACUACAUAGACCACUUGACGUGCAUCUCUCAUUUUGCGAUAAUAUUAUUAAAGCAUGUUGCAUCCUUCACAAUUUUGUUCGCAAAAGAGAUGGGAUAAGGUAUGAAGACACUUUGUAUGAGUGUUCGUUGACAAAACCUAAUAUAACAAAUGUACGUGGAUCUCAUGAUGGUUCAACAGCAAGGGAUUAUUUUGUAAAAUAUUUUAAUUCACCUCAAGGUUCAGUACCAUGGCAAUAUGAAAAAAUAUAAAUUUAUAUAAAAUCAAAAUGCUAUGACUCAAGAAAGAAAUUAUUUUUGUAUUCGAUUUUACUUAAAAAUAAACGUAUCUCAAGCUCCUGUAUGAAGUGUAUUAAUCAUUAAAACCAUUCAAUAAAUAUACCAACACUUUUAAACUGCUUUUUUUUCACAACUAAAUUCUCCUUAACAUCAGUACCUA